AUGUAUUCUCUGAUACUCCAAGGAAGAAGGUCUCUCGAGUUGCAGAAAUGGUUUAAUCUUUUGCAAAUUGCAUCUUCUUAUUCCAACUCCAACUCCAUCUCCUCUGUUAGUGCUGCUCAUGUGAGCCCUCAGGAUGGUCGAAAAGAGAAAACUUUUACAGUCUCUUACCUCGUUGAUUCACUGGGUUUCACUACGAAACUCGCAGAAUCAAUCUCAAGGAAAGUUAUUUCAGAGGGAAAAGGAAACCCAUAUUCUGUUUUGAGUCUUCUUAAGAGCUAUAGGUUCACAGUCUCAGAUCUCCAGCAUCGACCUGUCCAUGGGAAAGAAAGAUUCGAAGAAUCACUCAAGAAAGUUGUUGAGAUGGGUUUCGAUCCCACGACCUCAAAGUUUGUCCACGCUCUGUGCGUUGUUUACCAAAUGAGCGACAAAACAAUAGAAGAGAAACUCAACGUCUACAAAAGGUUACUAGGCUUGGAUGUGGGAGAUGUGUGGGAGAUUUUCAAAAAGUGCCCACUCUCUCUGUCGCACUCGGAGCAGAAGGUGUUGGACUCAGUUGAAACGUUUCUUGGCGUAGGGUUCACCAUAGAUGAGGUGAGGACAAUGGUUAAGUGCUUUCCUCAGUGCAUUGCGCACUCUGCAGAGCUGGUGAAGAUGAAGAUUGAGUUUGUGGUGAAGAAGAUGAAUUGGCCGCUAAAGGCAGUGGCCUCUCACCCUCAGGUGCUUGGAUACAGCAUGGAGAAGAGGAUUGUACCAAGGUGUAACGUAAUCAAAGCUCUCAUGUCCAAAGGUUUACUCAGAGCCGGAGGAAGCAAACUACCUUCAGUGUGGUCUGUCUUGGCAUGUACCGAUCAAGCUUUCGUAAACAAGUACGUGACGAAGUACGAUGACAAGGAGCUGGUGCGUGAGUUGAUGCCCAUCUUCACCAAAAAUCACAAUGCUUGCCAAGAUCCCUGA